AUGUCAAGGAGGCAAAUUUACUCUCAAAAAAUUAUUUUUAAUUUUAAAUAUCAGGUCUAUACAAUUUCUGUCCCCGGAUUUAUGUCGCAGAUUGGCGGCCAAUUUGGAUUUUUCCUAGGACUCUCAAUUAUUACAAUGAUACAGAUUGCGAUAUAUGCUCUCUCCGCCUUAUUCACUCUAUGCGUGAAGAUCCCACGAAAAUUGCUUCAACAAGUAAAUUCCUUUUUGAAAGGAGAAUGUUUUGCUCAAAACGGAACCUUUAAUAAUGUAAACUUAAAACAACCAGCAACUGAAAAAACACGUAAAAACAUAGUCAAAGUCAACACAAUCACAGGAUAUGACAAUAAAGGAGCUAAUUACGAAGAAACAAGUUUCGGAGGGGAGCAAACUGAACAGACUCAAAAUAAUCAAAGACCUUCCGAGGUUGUGGAUUCUCCCGAUAUUUGUGAUGCAAAAGAAACUCCACGGACAGCUUCGAGAGAACGAACGAAGCAACUAACAAAACAAAGAAGAAUAUCAUCCAACAUAACAUUUUCAACAGAUAAAAAUGAUUAUUCAACUAGUGGAUUUACUCAAUAUUGA